AUGGUUGAAACAAAGUUGGGAAUAGCACAGAAAUGGCAGCAGUGGUACAGUUCCCUCGGUGAGCGCUAUCGGCCAUUAUCGAGUCCCCCCAACCAAAGUCUCUUUGGCAUCAUGGGAUCCGUCACGUCCUCGGGCAUUGAGUCAUCAAGGACUCUUCGCUCUCGUGUCUCGAUUAGCGCUAGCCUUGUGGCCGUCAAUCAGUCCAGGACUUGGGGAUUCUCAAUCUCUAGCCAACGAGAACAAAAAUCUGAUCAUCUUCAAGGAUCGAUUGGAUGCCUCUUCCUUCCUAUGCAUCGUCCCGAAGCGGGAACUAAGGUAGUUUUUGAUGCGCAUAUCGCACAGACACAGGCACAGCACAAUGUAAUUCUCCAACUUAAUAUUGCGUAUACCUCUUCGUAA